AUGGCUGACUACUUUGAGACCGAGACCCAGCUGUCCGAGCUGAAGAGGUGUGUCGACCGCCACGCCGACACCCUCGACCACCCCACGCUCCCAUCCCAGGAGUCUAUCAAGGCGGCGGAGGCGUCGCUCCCCUCGAGCCAGUCGGGGUCCUACCUCGCCGGCGCGCCCGCCGAGGCCGUCGUCGGCCACAUCACCCGGGACAUCCUGCCCGCACUCAACGGCCAGGGCCGCUCCGGCCGGUACUACGGCUUCGUCACCGGC